GCUCUGGCCGCCGUUGAGCUCCCGAGGGCUGAGACAACGUGGUAAUAACGCGCGUUAUCAUCCGAGAUCCCGUGGAGGGCGAAUUGAGCCUCCGUCUGCGCGAACGACGCUGCCGGUGACGUCUCCAUUUUCGUUGCCAUUUUCGGUUCAGUCUCGGAAAACGCCGGAACUGACGUCGGGUCACCAGCGCCGAAGAAAAUGAGUCGGUCGCGGAGUGUUGAACACAGGAGCAAACCUUGUUUUUAAUGCAGACAUCAACAGUGUGAACCCAUUACGGCGGGAACUCUCCAACCAAACUAACACCGGAAGUGUAACAACAAAAACCGUCUGUGCGAACCCCACAACCCAACUCGAAGUCCCGCAGGUGAAUUAUGUAAACAAGACUGAACAAAUAUUUUCAUGGAAUUGAUUAAAGUGAUUCAGCACAGUCAAUAGAAUUGCGCUGUUCAUCAGUAUUUUAGAACGUGGCGUACCAAAAGUUGUCCAUCAGCCGGGAGAACAAGGAUAUGAAGACGAAACAUUUCAGCAUGUACAAUGAAGAUGACAAGCAAUUUGACGAACUUACAAGACGGCCAUAUUGGAAAGGUCAAGCUUCACAUUAAAGCUGAUGCACGGACCUUGAAAGUUACUUUCAGGUCUCUUGUAGUCGUACGGCGGUGAACUAAUCCAGAUGCAGCGCCAUGUAGCGGUUUGUCGUUGGCACAGAGUUCAAAAGUUGCAUCACGUAUUUACCUAUAUAUCUGCGCGGAAGAACAAGAAGAGGACGAAGGAGAAGAGGAGAAAGAAGAAAAAGAUAGACAAUAGGACAAAUCCAAAGAGCUCAUGGCAGACCUCGGUAUCAGAAUGGGGGAUAAUGUGCUGUUGGUUUGGACUCAGCCCUCAUCACCUACCACUUUAAUACAGUUUGUAGAGGAUCUUGGUGCCAUUGUUGGUGCAAAUGGCAGCGUUUCAGUGGAAAACAUGGAAAUGCUAUUGUUGACAUCCCAUGCUCCAGCCUCAUUCGAUUGGGUGCUGUCUUGUCUUCUUUUGGACAGCUUUUCUAUCCACAGUUCAGAGACUCUGGCAGAGAUGGCCAGAGUCCUCAAACCUGGUGGGAAGUUAGUUCUGGAUGAACCCGUUACAGGAGUUAAUGCACAGAGUGUGAGGACUGCUGAGAAGCUGACGUCUGUGCUGAAGUUAUCAGGCUUGAUGUCAGUGACAGAGAUCAGUAACACAAAACUGAGUUCUGAGGCUUUCAACUCCAUCAAGACAGCGACGGGUUACCAAGAAAACACGCUGUCAAGAGUACGCUUAUGUGCAGCUAAACCAAAUUUUGAGGUGGGAUCAUCCAAUUCAAUCAAGUUGUCAUCUGGGAAAAUGACUCCUCAGCCAGCAGACAAAUUAGCACUGGAUCCAAUUACAGUCAAAAUGUGGACGCUGACAGCCAACGAUAUGAAUGACGAUGAUGUGGACCUUGUGGACUCUGAUGAUCUGCUUGAUGAAGAAGAUUUGAAGAAGCCAGACCCAGUGUCUCUUAAAGCUUCUAGCUGUGGGACUCAAGCAAGAAAAAAGAAGAAAGCCUGCACGAACUGCACAUGUGGCCUUGCAGAGGAACUAGAAGAGAGUAAAGGACAACAAAAGACGAUUCUUCCCAAGUCUGCAUGUGGAAGUUGUUACCUUGGGGAUGCAUUUCGAUGUGCCAGCUGUCCAUACCUGGGGAUGCCAGCAUUCAAACCAGGAGAGAAAAUUGUUUUGGAAAACAACACACUGGCAGAUGCAUGAGACUCAAAUUGUCACAGACCCAACUCAACACUACCACAUCAUUCCAAUGAUUCACAAUGCCCCCCUCCCUCCAACUAAUUGGUUCUCCUCUCAACUUGACAGAAAGCUAAGUUUCCGUUUGUUCCAACUGAACUUAUUUUGAUUAUUUCCUCAGUGGGCUAAACAAAUCAGAUUACAAAGGACUGGUUGAAUUAAAAGGACUGUUUUGUCUAUUCAUUUGUGCAAAUAUUGAGUUGGCAGGAAGAUCUAAGAUGCCAUGAGGAGAAUUUUUUUUUGCAGUAAAGAGCAGUGAGAACUCAAAUAUCGACAAAUGUGUAACAAAUUACCAAUUUACAAUUAAAAUUCAUAUUCAUUAAAACAAAUCUAAAUAUUUUUACACCUCAUUUCUUUGUCAGCCUGGAUGUAAUCUCAUAGAAAGACUUUACCAGUCGACAAAUUUUCCACAGCAAAACUCAUUGUGUUCCAUAAUAAAAAGGUUGCUUUCAUCAAUGA